AUGAGUACUGGGUCUGAAAUAACUGCAGAUGUGACGUCCACCGUUAAUCACUCUAUCAUCCCUGAUGAUAUGAGUGAUCCAUCUUCGUCAUUGGAUAGUCCUAGUUUUGAAGAUGCUGAUCUUCUUAGUUCAUCCAAUGUUGCAGAUGUUACUGCACAACUUGCUGCAGCUGGUCCUAUUGGAAUGGCCGCAGCUGCUGCAAUCGCCACUGCCAAAAAACGAAAACGACCUCAUUCAUUUGAAACAAAUCCUUCAAUACGUAAACGGCAACAAACAAGGUUAUUAAGGAAAUUGAAAGCAACCAUUGAUGAAUAUACCAUAAGAGUAGGACAGCAAGCUGUGGUUUUAGUAGUCACUCCGGGUAAACCACAAAAUAAUUUCAAAGUGUUUGGGGCUCAUCCUUUAGAAAAUGUGGUUAGAAAUUGUAAGAGUGUUAUAAUGCAAGAAUUAGAGUCCGCAUUAGCUCAGCAAGCACCGCCUCAAACUCAGGAUGAUCCAACACUCCAUGAAUUGCCACCUUUAGUCAUAGAUGGCAUUCCUACUCCUGUAGAAAAAAUGACACAAGCACAAUUAAGGACAUUCAUACCUCUAAUGUUAAAAUAUUCUACCGGACGAGGAAAACCAGGUUGGGGACGAGAAUCUACUAGACCAGCAUGGUGGCCUAAAGAGUUACCUUGGGCAAAUGUAAGAAGUGAUGCCCGUACAGAUGAAGAUAAGCAGAAAGUAUCUUGGACCCAUGCUUUACGGCAGAUUGUGAUAAAUUGUUAUAAAUACCAUGGGCGGGAGGAUCUAUUACCUGCAUUUACGAAUGAUGAUGAUAAAGAAAAAACGAAAGCAGCAAUCCAAGCACAAGCAUCGACAAUUGAAAGCCUUGCUGGUGCUCAAGGAACUUUAUAUGCUCAACCAUUGACAGCUCAUUAUCCAGCUAUGGUGCAAACCAUAAGUAAUCCAGAUGGCACAGUGUCAUUAAUUCAAGUAGAUCCAACAAAUACAGUAGUUACAUUACCAGAUGGUACGCAAGCACAAUUACGAACUGUGAGUGCAGUUCUUGGCUCACAAGCUGAUGGUGAAAUAACAGCUGGUACACAUCAAGUUAAUGGACAGACUGUAACUCCUGUUAGUAUAGAUUUAAAUGGAGAAGCAGGAGCUCAGGCUGUGGCGACAUUAACAGAAGCUACCAUAAAUCAAGAUGGUCAGAUUAUUCUGACUGGUGAAGAUGGCACACAGAGUGCUUUCCCUGUAUCUGGAAUGGUUUCAAUUCCCGUGUCCAUGUACCAAACAGUUGUAGCUAACAUUAGUCAGCUAUCAGAUGUUCAAGCUCAUGGAAUUCAAGUUGCAAUGGCGCCAAUUGUAACAGAAUCCAACUCUGAAUCUCCUGUGAAUGUAACAUCAACAACAGAUAAUGUCAAUGUUUUGACAGCUGUCACCUCAUCAGCUGCACAAGUGACAGAACAGAGUUAAUGCCUCAUUGUUCAUGACUCAUGAGUAUUCCUUUAUCAUCAG